AGAAGACGUUACUCUUCUGCAGAUUGAGUUCAAAAUUCAAAGAAAGAGAGCCAAAUCGCCAUAGCCAUACUCCUCCUCCUCCUUCUUCAGCCCAAUCUCCGUUCCUCCAUUUUUCUUCUUCUUAAACUUCCUUUCAAGCUCUCUCUCUCUCUCUUUUUCAAGCUUCAGAGCCGCUCCCUCCCUUCCAUCGGUUUCUCUCUCUCCGCUUCCCAUUCUAGGGUUUCUGUUCCGGCGAAUGCUGCUGCUGUUGCUGUUCCUCCGAUGAAUCGCUCACACUGCAACCAUCUUCAAUCCAAUUCCGUUUCUCACUGCCAAGAAUGCGGCAUCUCUCAAUCCGCCUGUUGGAUCCUCCACAAUGUACGUCUCAAAGCGUCCUUCCGUCGUCUCUGUACCAAUUGCGUCCUCAAGCACAAUCUCUCUCGUUUCUGUCCUCUUUGCUUCGAUGUUUACGACGAUUCGACUCCUCCGCCGUCUCAUCAGCGAGUUAUGUGCUUCAGAUGCCCUUCAAUCUCUCAUCUCUCUUGCGCUUCCUUUCGAUUUUCAUCUACCUUCCUGUGCCCUCUUUGCUCCGAUCCUUGUUUUGCUUUCUUCGAUGGCUUUGACUCCGGCGGCCUUUGUCAAUCGGAGUCCACUGUCGCCUUUUUGGCCAGGAGAAACGUUGAUGCUAAAUCAGCCAAAGCGAUUGUCGCUGCGGCUCGUGUCUCCGCUCAAUCCAUGCGGAGAGCAGCUCUUGACGCUAGGGCUGUAGCGGAGAUGAAGAUCAAGAACGCUGCCUUUGCGAAGAAACAAGCUACUCUUGCAUUGGAACGGCUUGCUUAUCUUGUGCUUCAGGAGAAGGACAGAAAUGGAUAUGCUAAAACUAAUGGAGAUGCUGUUGCUGGUGAGAGGACGGUUGAAGAAGAAGAUUCCAAGCUACAGGAGAAAGAGGUAACAUCCAUUUUUAAUCGUAUGAAGGGGAAUCGGACUCCAUAGCGAAGGUAGCUGCUUAAGGCAACUAACUGUAGAGAGUGAUCUUGUUCAACUAUCUCAUUCAAUUGAGUAUCUCAAAGAUUCAGUAGAAUACAGAGCGUUGAGGUACUAUUAAACCAUCCAUGGAAAGCUUCUGGAUCAAUGUAGUAAUGUUUUUUUUUUCUUUCUAUAUCCAUGGAUGCCAAGAACAAUCAAUUGAGGGAAAUCUGAAUGAAUUUCCAUGUACAUUUCAAAUUUUCAACAUCUUUUGCUUAACCCUUUUGGGAGAUCUUCACCUUAUUGAAGUUCUAUUGAGAAUGUUGCAGCAGCUUGUUCUGCCUCUCUAUUGAUUCCAAUUCUUUAUUUUAUCAUUUGUGUUUCUGUUUUGUCUCUUUUGAGUUUGCUUUACAUAUGGUUCUCAGCUUCUUCUUCAUUCUGUUCUCUCUUCUGUCGACCAUUUUUUGUUAGAAUCUCAUAGCUUUUAUGGGUGUGGACGCCAUUGUUGCCGCCUUUGAGCUACUAGAAUCCCCAUUCGUUCCCAUUGAUAUUCAAAAUGCCAGUUCUGGCGGAGCGGUGGUCAUAUCAAGAUGCUGGCGGAGAUCGCGGCGGCAGAUUUUGCUGGUUUUUGUCUCGUAAAAUUGACUAUUUCCCCUUCUUCGUUGUCUCUACAAAACUGCCAUUUUCAAUUUCUCGUGCAUUCAACCAAUAAAGUUUGGUUCUGCAGUGAAGUUCUGCGUUACCAUUUCGCUAAGUUUGGUUCAGAUGAUUUGACCGAGUCCGCUCGACUCGACUCGCUUCGAGGAAACC